AUGGCCCUCGCUGUCGCCACCGGGCCGCAGCACAUAAUUACCGCAACUGGCACCAUUCGCACCAACAAACCAAAAGAAGGCAAAGAAGCAGCCAUCGCUCUCGCCUACGCUUCAACCCAAGCAUCCUGCAUCAUCAGUGACUUUACUGAUGGUUUACCAAAGUACGGGUUCAUCCACUGCGCCUUGGAAGACCUCGUGACAAAAAAGUUUGGAGCAGACACAUGGAAGCUGCUUCUAGAGAAGUCGGGGAUCACCAUGCACGGCGCCUCCUUCCUGAUGCACAAAGUGUACACGGAUGACAUGACACUCAAACUGGUGGCUGCAGUCUGCGAGGUACUUGGCUUGGAUCUAGACACAUGCCUAGAAGCGUUCGGGGAGCACUUCCUGUACUUCUGUCAGCAGCACGGCUACGACCACAUCCUGCGUGUCCUGGGUUCCAACAUGGCCGACUUCCUGACAAACCUAGACAAUCUGCACGACCACCUGGCCUCCACCUAUCCGGGCAUGCGGGCGCCCUCUUUUCGCGUAACACCAGGUCCCAGCGGUCAAAUACUGCUACACUACUACAGCGACAGAAAAGGCCUCCACCCGAUCGUGCUUGGAAUCGUUAAAGUGGUGGGAAGAGAGUUCUUCAAUACGGAGGUGCGCGCCAACAUCUCCAUUGUAUCAGAGUUUGGAGACAGGGCUCAUGUGACUAUGGAAGUGACGGAGAAUUUGAUGCAGGUUAAACAACCCUUGCUUCUAUACUUUGGACCCUCUAUUAACGCAGCCGACACGCUGAGCAACUCACCAGAGGACUUGCCCAUAGGAGUGCGGACUAUGUGCGCGGCGUUUCCGUUCCACGUGCUGUUCGGCCGUGACUUCGGCAUCAUGCAGGCCGGCAAUGGAUUGCUACGGCAAGCCGGCCACCGUUGGAAGGAGAGCCGGGCUCAGGGAGGACGCCGCCUGAAGUUCGACGACAUCUUUGAGAUCACGCGGCCCGUCAUUGACUGCACCUUCGAGUCUAUACGCAGCUAUUGCAACCAGGUGUUUGUUGUGCAGACUAAAGAAGGCGUGCUCAAGCCUCGUGGGUCCAACAAAUCUGAGCACGACGGUGCCGGUGUCCCAAGUCCUCCGGUGCUCCGACUCAAAGGUCAGAUGGUGUCGGUGGAAGAGACGAACAGCAUCAUGUUCUUGUGUUCGCCGCGCGUCAAAGACAUCGACGACAUGCAGCGAAUAGGGCUGUUCUUCAGUGAUCUUGCUAUACACGACCCGGCCAGGGAGCUGUUCCUACGAUCUCAUCACCAUCGUGGAGAGCGAGAACUCAUCGAGAAGCUAGAUGAGGCUACCAACAGACUUCGCAUGCUGCAGUCCAAACUUGAUGAGGACAAGAAACGAACCGAAGAGCUACUACAUUCCAUUCUGCCAUCUAAGGUAGCCAAGCUUCUCUGCCAGAACCUUCCCGUGGAAGCGGAGAAGUUCGAGACGGUCUCGUGCCUCUUCUCAGAUAUCGUGGGCUUCACGAACAUGUGCGGUAGCUGCGCGCCCAUGGACAUCGUGCGGCUGCUCAACAAGUUGUACUUGCAGUUCGACAACCUCUCUAAUGUGCACGGAGUCUACAAGGUGGAGACCAUCGGGGACGCGUACGUGGUUGUGGCUGGCGUACCGGACUUCGUGGAGGACCACGCUGACCGGCUAGUCGCGAUGGGGCUCGACAUGAUCACAGCCACCAAGAGCGUGCUCAACCCCGUCACGGGAGAGCCGAUUCAAAUGAGAAUUGGUGUGCACACGGGUUACGCCACAGCGGGAGUGGUCGGCAUGACGAUGCCUCGCUACUGCCUGUUCGGCAACACCGUUACCCUGGCGAACAAGACCGAGAGCCUGUCCAAGCCCUCCAGGGUGAACGUCACACAGGUGGCACGGAGCCACUUGACGAAAAAGGACUACGUGUUCGAAGACAACCUCGAUGUGGGCGACUUUCCUCUUCGCUGCUACCUGGUUGAUAUAGCGUCACGACAGAAUGCAGAAGCCCAACCGACCACUGCUGGAGAGCAGCCCGCUGAUGACAGCAUGCUCCUGUCUCCAUCCUCAUCACCCGUUCGCCGUUCAUCCGCCAUCACAUCGCCAUCCCUUGAUGUUGAUGAGAUUGGUCUAUUCAUUAAAAGCCGGCUCAAUUGUACCAACGUAGACGUCGACGACAUCGGUACUCCGCAGCGGAAUAAAAAUGAAGAUUCUUCGCCACCGAUAGAGCAUAUAUUCUCUCCAAGUAGAGGCCGCCUUAACGGGCGAGACCGUGGCGAACUCACUCCCACAAAGACCAUACCAAUUGCGGUGGUGCCAUCGGUCGCGCCGACACCGAAACACACCGACGGCUCUACGCCACGUGACAGUGCGGUCAGCAGCACGGAGCGCAGGGGUUCGUCUUCACACGAAGUCAAAACGGAGGCGAGCAAGCCGAUGUUCGGCAACAGGACUUCGUUUUUCGGUGGUUUCACGUGGAGCCUAUCGCAGGCAAACAGACAGAAAAAGGCCGACAGCUACUCCCCGCGGUCGGCGUCACCACAGGCGAAUAGAGAGAGCCGCCUGGAUGGCGCUGGCAAAGCGGAUGCCGUGGAAAACGUCGCUUCCGACGCUGCGCGAACGCACUGCCCUUUUUUUCGAUUCCGGUCAAAGAGUACAGGACGCCAAGAGGAAGCGACAGACAGUGGCAGGUGUUCUCAGUCGGGUGACGCCACACUCGCUCCGACAGCUGAUACGGAGAGAAGGCCUAGCGGAGGACAGCAAGACAGGCCACCUAGUAGCCCGUCGACAUCACACCGGGGAAGUACCGAUGUCCGCAGGAAAGAGAAGUUCUGGUCACGGGUCAUCUUUCCUUCCUGA